AUGGCACCACAAAUAAAAUACACAAAGUUGUUCAUCGAUAACGAAUGGGUGGAUGCCAAAAGCGGUAAAACUUUCAAAACAUAUUCUCCCCAUGAUGAGUCAGUCAUAGCUUCAGUUGCCGAGGGAGACAAGGCUGACAUAGAUCUAGCAGUGAGUGCAGCAAAGCGUGCCUUUCAACGAAACUCAGAAUGGCGGUUGAUGGAUGCAUCCGAGCGCGGACGUAUUUUGUACAAGUUUGCAGAACUUGUAAAGAGAGAUGCCGAGUACCUUGCUGAGCUAGAAUCUUUCAACAACGGCAUGGUGCUUAAUGUAGCCAAAAUGAUAACCGGCGCUGUAUACAAAAGCAUAUGCUAUUUGGCAAGUUUAGCUGACAAAAUCCAGGGAUCCACAAUUCCUGCCGAUGGUGAAUUGUUCAGUUAUACACUGAAGCAACCAGUUGGUGUGUGUGGCCUUAUCCUGCCAUGGAAUGUACCCAUCGCUAUGUUCGUUAAUAAAGUCACAACAGCAUUGGCAGCAGGUUGUACAGCUGUAGUAAAACCUGCGCAACAGACUCCAUUGACUGCUCUAUACCUGGGGGCACUGUUAGCGGAAGCUGGUCUGCCUAAGGGUGUCGUUAAUAUAGUCAACGGGUAUGGAGAGACAGCUGGUGCGGCUCUAACUCUUCAUCCAGAUGUAGCCAAAAUAUCUUUUACUGGAUCUGUUAGAGUGGGCAAGCUAAUCCAACAGGCUGCUGGGGUGAAUAACCUUAAACGAGUAACACUCGAACUGGGUGGUAAAAGCCCUCUCGUUAUAAUGGACGACGCCGAUUUGCCGAACGCUGUGCAGAUAGCUGGGUACGGUAUUUUCUUAUUGCAAGGUCAGAUAUGCGUAGCUGCAUCUCGUUUAUAUGUUCAUUCUAAGAUAUACGACAAAUUUAUUCAAGCUGCAAUUCAGCUUGCAAAGAGCCUUAAGAUAGGCGAUCCGAGCCAUUCUACAACUCAACAUGGACCGCAGGUUGAUGGGACUAUGCUCAAAAAAGUCAUGGAAUACAUCGAAAAGGGUAAAAAAGAAGGCGCAAAGUUGGUAUACGGUGGCAAGCGUCUAUGUAGAAAAGGAUUUUACGUAGAACCUACCAUUUUUACUGAUGUUAAGGAUGAUAUGACUAUCGCGAAAGAGGAGAUAUUUGGACCAGUACAAAGUAUUCUAAAGUUUGAUACUUUGGAGGAAGUUAUAGACCGCGCUAAUGCGAACAACUAUGGCCUAGGCGCAGGUAUUUUGACUGGAAACAUUAACAAUGCUCUACAAUUCAGCAAGCACAUCGAAGCUGGUUUUGUGUGGGUUAACACUUACCUAGGAUCAGGACCGCAGCUGCCGUUCGGAGGUUUUAAGGAUUCCGGUUUGGGUCGCGAAGGUGGUUUCGAUUGCAUUGACGCCUACUUGGAAGUAAAGUCCGUUACGAUGGCACUGCCUAAAAAAGUUUAA